GCCGACACUUCCGGUCUGGGUUGUCUGGCGCCCUGAGGGAAAGAGGUUCGGGGGCUCCGGGUCUGGUCUGGUUCCGUCUCCGCAGCCGGGGCCGGCGCGGAGGAGUUCCUGGCCACGGUUCCAGUGGCCUUUGCCGUGAGGUUGCAUGCACUUGCACACAGCCCUGAACCUCACUUUCUGUGUCCCUGAUGGUCCCAGGCUGUGCUCAGGGACAGGACGUGCUCUCAAAGGAAAUGGAGAUGGAGAUGUCUGCGCUGGGAGCAGGACCAGAGUUACCUACUGCACCUACUCCUCAAAUCAACAAUUCACCGAGGAUCCGACCCAGAACUCUGUGUCAUGAAAUUCUGCUCCCCCUCCACGAUCCCCAUCAAGGUCAACUUGAUCUCCCUGUUCCGGCCCAUCUUCCCGAGUGGAGCCUGGGAGACCAAGCAGUAGUAGCUGAGUCCUUGCCAGCCAGGCUCCAGACAUCUCUGAUGUUCAAGGAUGUGGCUGUGUACCUCACCCGCGAGGAGUGGGGCUGUCUCGGCCCUGCCCAGAGGGGUCUCUAUAGGGAUGUGAUGCUGGAGAAUUACGGGAACCUGGUCUCAUUGGGAUUCUCAGUAUCCAAACCUGAUAUAAUUUCCCAGCUGGAAAAAGGGGAAGAGCCAUGGGUCCUGGACACACAGGGAGCUGGAGGGAGAGACAUCAUGAAAAGUGACUAUUCAGAUUGUGAGACCAAAACUAAAAAAGAGUUAUCUCCAAGACAGAAAAUAUCUGAAAAAAUGGAGUUACAGGGGCUGAUACUGGGAAGACUCAAGAGACCUGAAUCUGGAGAGGCCUAUAAAAUUGAGAAUCAAUUAGAAAAACAGUGGGAAAAACUUGUGGUGGGAGCCCUAAGGAAAUCCCGUUCUCUGGAAAGAAAUUGCAAGCCGAUGACAGUGAUCCCCAUGAAAGCUUCUACCAGAGUGAGAGGUCAGGAAUGUAACGAAUUUGGAAGGCACUUACAUCUGACUUCAAAACAUGUUAGACACCAGAGGGUUCCCAAAGGUGAGAAAACCUAUCAAUGUGCAACUUGUGGCCAAACUUUCAAAAAGAAUUCAGACUUUGUUAAUCAUCAGAGUGUCCAUACACGAGAGAAGGGUUGUAAACUUAACAUAUAUGGAAAAAUGCCCAGACAGAAUUCAAUUAGUAUUGAACAUCAGCAACUUCAUAACACAGAGAAACCUUUUGAGUGUAAUGAAUGUGGAAAAGGUUUCAGCCAGAACAGAGCACUUAUCCAGCAUGAGAGAAUUCAUACUGGAGAGAAACCUUAUGAGUGUGGUGAAUGUGGAAAAACUUUUAGUCGCAGUUCUAUCCUUACUAAACAUCAGAGGAUUCACACUGGUGAGAAACCCUACAAAUGUAAUGAGUGUGGAAAAGCCUUUGGUGCUCGUUCAUACUUUUUUCAGCAUUGUAAAAUUCAUACUGGAGAGAAACCCUAUGAAUGUAAUGACUGUGGAAAAGCCUUUAGUACUAGAUCAUCAUUUAUUCAACAUGGUAAAAUUCAUACUGGAGAGAAACCUCAUGAAUGCCAUCAAUGUGGGAAAGCCUUUAGUCAUAGUUCUAACCUUAUUCAUCAUCAGAGGAUUCAUACUGGGGAAAAACCCUUUCAGUGUAAAGAAUGUGAGAAAGCCUUCAGUAGGCACUCACAUCUUAUUCAGCACCAGAGAAUUCACACUGGAGAGAAACCAUAUGAGUGUAAUGACUGUGGGAAAGCAUUCAGUGCACGUUUAUCCCUUAUUCAGCAUCAGAGAAUUCAUACUGGAGAGAAACCAUAUGAGUGUAAUGAAUGUGGCAAAACAUUUAGCUUAAACCGAACUCUUAUUGUGCACCAAAGGAUUCACACAGGAGAGAAACCCUAUGAGUGUAGUGAAUGUGGGAAAUCCUUCAGCCAACGUUCACAAGUUAUCCAACACAAGAGAAUUCACACUGGAGAGAAACCAUAUGUAUGUAAUGAAUGUGGGAAAUCCUUUAGUGCACGUCUAUCUCUUAUUCAACAUCAAAGAAUUCAUACUGGAGAGAAACCAUAUGAGUGUAAUGAAUGUGGCAAAACCUUUAGCCAGAAAGGUCACCUUAUUCAGCAUCAGAGAAUUCACACAGGAGAGAAACCCUAUGAGUGUAAUGAAUGUGGAAAAGCCUUUAGUCAGAGCUUUAAUCUUAUUCACCAUCAGAGAACACAUAAUGGAGAAAAACCCUAUGAAUGUAAUGAAUGUGAUAAAGCAUUCAGUGUACUUUCUUCCCUUGUUCAACAUCAGAGAGUACAUAAUGGAGAAAAACCCUAUGAAUGUAAUAAAUGUGGGAAAGCCUUUAGCCAGGGUUCACACCUUAUUCAGCAUCAGAGAAGUCACACUGGAGAAAAACCUUAUGAGUGCAAUGAAUGUGGGAAAACCUUUGGCCAGAUUUCAACGCUUAUUAAACAUGAGAGAACACAUAAUGGUGAGAAACCUUAUGAAUGUAAUGAAUGUGGAAAAGCCUUCAGCCAAAGUGCACACCUUAUUCGACAUAGGAGAAUUCACACUGGAGAAAAUCCCUAUGAGUGUAAUGACUGUGGUAAAGCCUUCAAUGUACGCUCAUCACUUAUUCAGCACCAGAGAAUACACACUGGAGAGAAACCUUAUGAGUGUAGUGAAUGUGGAAAAGCUUUCAGUCAACACUCACAGUUUAUUCAGCACCAGAGAAUUCACACUGGAGAGAAACCCUAUGUUUGUAAUGAAUGUGAUAAAUGCUUCAGUGCACGCUUAUCACUUAUCCAACAUAAGAGAAUUCAUACUGGAGAAAAACCCUAUGAAUGCAGUGAAUGUGGGAAAUCAUUCCGGCAAAGCUCUCAUCUUAUUCGACAUCAGAGGAUUCACAGUGGAGAGAGACCCUUUACAUGCGAUGAAUGUGGAAAAACCUUCAGCCAGAGAAUAACUCUAAUUAGUCAUGAAAAGAUUCACACUAGAGAGUAAUCUUGUGAAUAUAGUACACAUGAAGAAAUAUUUAGUAUGCACUCAUUUUAAAUUCAGCAUCACAAAAUUCACACUAGG